AUGAAUCCAAGAGAUUAUGACAUUUUUGAAGAUGAUUUGGACAUUUUGGAAAUUUUGGAUCAAGGUUUUCCAAGAAGAAUAUAUAACAGAGCAAAUGCCUUCGAGUCUUUGGAUAAUUGGGGAUUUUAUAGGCGGUAUGGAUUAACAAAAGAAAUAGUUCUGGACAUACUGCACUUAAUUGAGAAUCAGUUAGAAUUUCCAUCAGACAUGAAUAAUAGUGUAAGUCCAAUUAACCAGCUGUUAACAUGCUUGCGGUUUUUUGCAUCAGCAGGAUAUUUACAAACAAUUGCUGAUGUACAAGGGAUGCAUGUAUCUACUGUGUCACGCAUAGUAAAAAAGGUUUCUGUAGCCCUUGCUAGAUUAAGCAAUCGUUUUAUAAAAAUGCCUGAUACUCCUGCAAACAUAGCAGCAACACAGCAAAAGUUUUUUGAUAUUGCUGAAUUUCCAAGAGUGUUGGGGGCGGUUGAUGGAACACAUGUUAAAAUUCAAUCGCCAGGAGGGAACGAUGGAGAAGUGUUCAGAAAUAGAAAAACAUAUUUUUCUAUUAAUGUUCAGUGCGUGUCUGAUGGUGAAUUAAAUAUAGAAGAUAUUGUGGUAAGAUGGCCAGGGUCAGCACAUGACUCGACCAUUUUUAACAACAGCCGUAUCAGGGCACGUUUUGAAAAUAAUGAAUUUCCAGACAAUUUAUUACUUGGAUAUCCCGUGAGAAAUGUGGUGGAACGGUUGUUUGGUGUGUGGAAACGUCGCUUCCCAGUGUUAGCAUAUGGCUUACACCUGAAAUUGGAGACAACGUUACCAGCUAUUGUGGCUUGUGCAGUUCUCCAUAACAUUGCUAAUCAAGCAAAUGCACCACCACCUCCUGCACCUGAAAACAUUGAUCCAGGACAACUGCAAAUUUUAAUAGAAGAGGGUCAAAUUCCCCAUGUACCUAUUGUUUCAGUAAAUGGCAAUAUUUUAGUUAAUAAUGCAAGGACAGAUUUUAUUAAUCGAUAUUUUGCUAAUUUGUAA